AUGGCGGACGAAUUCGAAAUCCACGAGGGUGAGAAUGGAGUAAUUUGUAAGAUCUUUUCCCCCACAUAUUUAAAACAUCCCUAUAAUGCUGAGGGAGGAGAUUAUAUAAAGUUCGAAAAUCUUUCUGUUAAGAGUUGUUUAUCUCCACGGCUCAAAUGGUUGGCGUGGUAGUGCGGGGUUCGAAAAUCCCAGCCGGGAUUCAAACGCUCGGGUUCUUGUUAAAAUGUAAGGGGAAAUCUGACAAUUGUAAGUGGUUUAAGUUCCAGUAUUCGUAAAUGACGACGAAAUACCAAAGUCCCCGCCUCAUGCAGCAGUUUUUGAUCUCGUUCUUUGGGACUUAGAGGAGGCAUUUGGGGCGCGACAUUUAAAUAUUAUUUUUAAACAUCUCGGUAAAAUCCUUAGAACAGUGUCUAUCUCAUUUCACUUAUUCAUUAGGGGGCAUUAUUAAUUAAUUACUCCAUUUUAUAAUUGCAAACUGUGCCAGUCUGGUAACGUCCGGUCCCCGCUAAUAGUGUAGUAAAUUAUCUAGCUCUAGGGAAGUUAAUGAUAGAUGAAAGACCUUUCUCACAUUCCUGUGAACAAAGGCACCAGUGCAAGGUAUGGGGUGACAAAAUACAGUGAUUUGUGUGAAACUGUUAGACCAAGCCUUGACCAUAUUUUUCUCACUGGAGCUUAAUGUCAGAAAGUUCUGUUGUUACUAUGGUUGCAUAACAUGUGCUGGUAUCCCACACCUUUCAAUCCAAAACUCCAAACUCCAAGUGUGCGUGUGCACCAACACCUAGGGCAGCAGGCAUCCACCUUUGUACUCAAUGCCCUGGAACCACUUGUUCUUAUUGUUGCAAGUAACAUCGUGUCCCAAGGAUAAUUUAACACUUUUAUUAUUUUAAUUAAAAGUGCAAACUCAUAGCCUUUUCCUGAUGUUCAGAUAGCGGAGACAAUGCAAAGAAAAAUGAGAGCCAUUUUGCACUGCUCUCUACUAUCUGAAUGUCUGGAAUAGGCUAGACCUGAUUGUUUCUAUGUAUUAUGUUAAAUGUUUUAAAUGAGAAAUGACAUAAGGAAACUUUAUUCUCUUAUACAUGCAUAUCACAUGAUUUCCUGUCACAGUUGGACAACCUGUGAUUUAUGGGGCUGAGUUCAGCUGACCUAGGGUCAUAAAGGAUAUCAUCCACCUGUAUAGUAGGGCUGUUUCCCAGGCAUCAAUAAAACCUGGAUUGGAGGUCAGAUUGGAUCAACUCCUGUAUUUCACUAAAUGACAAAAGGUCAGGGAAGGUUUACAGGGCUUGAGACGAUCUGGUGCGACCCAGGUUUUGUCAACAGCCCUGUUUCCCAUUUCAUUUGUAGAUAGUGGAAGUGAGAAUGAAGAUGACUGGGAAGAAAUGGGGGAUGAGGAACAAGAAAACUCCACCAUUUGUUUGUUUUGUGAGGAGUGCUUUAGAAAUGCAGAUAACAUUUGGAGUCACUGUGUCACGAGACAUGGAGUUGAUAUCCUCAAAAUAACGAGAAUGCACAGUAAGCACCAUGCAAAUUGUAUGGUUUCUUGAUUUUAUUUUAGCUCCAAACUUGCAAUUUACAAUAAUAUGUUUCUCAAACAAAAAAAUAAUGUUUAUAUUGUAGAAGUUCAUUUAAAAGUGUAACUAUUUAACAUUUUCAUUUUUUAGGAUUGGACUUUUAUGGAUGCAUCAAGCUGAUAAAUUUCGUUAGGAAAAUGGUAAGGUGCUCAUUUCAAAGACUGUUUUUUUGUCAAGAAAUGUGGGUUAUCUAUUUUAUAUGUGGUGCGUAUACACUGUAUUACUGGUAGUUCAUUUGCGAGAGUUACAUAAAUUUACCCUGCGGCCUUCUGCCCACUGAACCAUGUUGGCAGUUACAGUCUGUGUCAUUUACAGUGUAUAUAAAGAAAAAUAGUUAUAUAACGUGAGUUAAUGAUACUUUUCAUAAAGUAUUGCAUUGUAUUUUCUCCCAUGCUAUUUUUUCCUUUUUCUUUAAGAGACCUCCCCCUGAAAGUUUGAAGAGUCUCACACCUCCUCUCCCAUGGGAAAGUGAUGAGUUUUUACAGCCAGUUCUUCCUAAUGAUGACCUCUUACAAUAUGGUAUGUCAUUUUUUUGUUGUUGUAUUUAAAGGGGCUAGGUUGUAGCUCUCUUAUUUUUGUUGUUUCAAAUUGGUGAAAGAGAAACACAUUACCAAAUCAUGGCCACAUUACCAAUGUAGAUGGUUCUCAGCAUUUAAAUCACAUGAUACAAUUGAUGAGGAGUUAUGUCUAGACAUGCAAUUUUUCAGCUUGCAUACAAAUGAAACAUGCCAUUCCAAAGGACUUAAGGUAUGAAAACUUCCAAACUGAAUGCUCCACUUUAUCUUCAAAGUAGUAUCUAAAAUUUUAAUGUAUUCUGCCAUCUUAAAAAAGAUGUCAAAAACCUGGGUGAGUUGCAGGGAAAUGCAAUCUGCACUUUAAAUUAUAAGUAUGCAUGUAGCUACUGAAAGUUUGCACCAUUUUAUGUUCUUUUUUUGAGCUGUUAAAAUUUUUUUGUAAAUGCUUCAGAUUUUGAUGAUGACUCGGAUGUAGAAGUUGACAGAAAUAUGGGUGAAAGAAUUUCCCAAGAAGGUACAGUGUACAUUGUACAUACAGUGUAAUGACAUUAUAGUCAAUGGCACCUAUAAUUGUUGAAAUGGAGGUUACACCAUAGUUCAAACUUUUCCUUGUUUUACAAUCUAUCUUUAAUUAAUUGCACAAAAAAAAUGAUUUUUGCUUACAAACUGUAUAUGCUUAAUUCAAAAACCAUUGCUCUGGCAAUUGGGCAGCGGGCAUUUACAUGUAGGCACGUGAAGCUCACUGAAAUGCUUUGCUUGAGUGACCACCAAGCAAUAGCUUCUCAUUGUGCAAUUAACAAUGUGGGCCCAAAGCAACAUUCAUUAAGUUUUGUUAUUUGUAAAACUCAUGGGUGAUGUUAAGCAAAUUAAGCCUGGUGACGAAUAGUCAGCCAAUAGUGCAGACCCAGCAAGGCUAUUUUGCACAGCAACAAAUGGCCUGCAAUAAAUGCUGAAUGACUCUGACGUUUAGUAAUCAGGGUCAGGAAACUGAGUGUAUUAGGGCUUUUAUACCAGGAAAACUGACCUGAAACUUGAUUCACUCAAUUUCUUAACCCCUAAUCAGGAAGAAAGUUCGGCACUUUCUCACUUUCUGUGCAUGGUCAGCAAUAAAUUUUCUUGCAAACAAGACUGAAUAUACAUGUACAUUAUCAUACAAUUUUUAAUGCAUUAAUUUAGUUCCUCUCAUUAUUCUUUUUCUUUGAAAAACUAUAUAGAGGGAAGCAUACCAUACUCACAGUAUUUGGAACUGAAACAAAGGUACAGGGGUACAAAUAUACAUUAUGAAUAUAAAAUAUGAGUUUUUAUCAAAACUGUCCCAUUACUAUACUGGCUACAAAAUUAUGUAGACUUAAGGCUGGUUUUCACUAGGGACGGAGUUGUAGUCGGAGUCGUAAUCAGAAGCGUAGAGCGUAUUAUCUGGUGAAAACAACGUUCCGAUUCCGCCUAUGACUCCGUCGCUUACGUUUCGCUUAUGAUCUAGUGAAAACCAGUUUGUCGAACGGUCAAGAUUGAAGAAGAUUGAAGAAGAGUCAGAAGCAGAAGCAGGAGUACUAAACCAAUCACAAAGCGUGGGAACGUGCAUUGUGAUUGCUCUAUUCUUCUGCUUUUUGAUUAGCCACAGGUCACUCAACAUUGAAACGUCAAUGGCUGUACUGAAAGUAUGUUCUACAGCGUCAAAUCUUACCUUCAAAAAGUCUUUUGUUUACUUGUUUUUUGUGUAGUUUCCUUGUCAGGCCUGGCAUUACAUGUAUAAGUUUCUUCGUCAGUGUUUCACAACUGAAAGGAUUAAAUGUUACACUUACAGUGAUUGUUAGUGAUCUUGGCAAUUGCUUGUAGGUAGAAACUCUCCUGCAUUGCAAGCGUUUUCUUAGAGCGUGCCAAUCUUUUUCUCGAGUAAACGUUAAGCUAAAUUCUAAAAUAGUCGAGGAGUUGCGGCAGGUCAGAUGGGGCGGGGAAAAAAUAACAUGUGACAUGUCUGCCCGAAAACACUGGAAAGUGAGAAACACUCCUGAUUCUCCUCUUCACCUUCCCUGUAUCCUUCUUUCGCCCUAACGUCUAACCCAGGGUUGAUAUUUCUUAAUACACUGCAAAACAGUCGGUUUUUUUAUUUAUUCUUUUUUGUCAAAAUCGGUUUUGCCAGUCCCGAAGCACCUGGGUGAUACUUUCGCGCGAAGCGCAUAGGCCAGGGGCGUGUGUGGCCAAAGAAAACGUAUUAUUCACAUCUCUCCCCAGUCUAUAUGUAUCUCUCCGUUUUUACCGUCUCUCCAGACCUCUCCUUUGACCACUCGCAUGCGCGUUCUCAACCUAGGCAAAAAAUAAUGUGGCAGUGGUAGAUAUUUCUAUUCUCAUCAGUCUUUCUCAGUGAUAAAAUCAAAGAUGGGGGCCACGGAAUAAACGAAAAUAGACGGGCAACUUUCGCUCGCCCAAAAAUACUUUUGCGUUGCUAGCUAGGUAGAAACUGGUCAUCGCUCAAUGCUCGUGCUUUACGUCUAGGCUUUGCGUUGUUCUAAAUUCUCGCAUGCUUGUAUGAUGCAACAGUGUUGGAAACCUGCUUGUUUUAAAAACAGGUGAACAUCAGUAUUUGCGAAAUCGUAGCGGCGUAGCAGUCGAUACUGCUUCCUUUACGUCAUGUGGGAGAAGUGCACGAUAUGCGCGAGGAGGGGCAAAAAAUUGAAACGGGGCGAGGGGGAGUUCAAUUGGCUACAAAAAGAGAUGAAAAUGAUUGCUUCGCAGGGUAGCAAAAUCGCGAUACAAUCGAUCGGAAGUAUUACUGGCCAUUUGUCUGAUGGAAAACAUGCUUCGUCUAGUUUUAAAGUAAAACCCAUCGAGGCAAGGCGUUUUACUGAUCAGUUAUAUUUUUUAUGUUUUGACUAGACUUCAACAUCUGGAGAAUCGCGCCCACUGCGCAGAAGCUAAUUUAGCCAGAGCAGUAGAAGAUAUUCACCAGUUAAGGUAUUUUGCAUGGUCAUCCCAACAGCGUAACUGACGGGAUUAUGCACGGGGCACUUUCUUGGUAGCGAAUGGCAAAGCCGCGAAGGCCUUCUCCAAACUUCUAGAGCUUAGUUUCGAGAGAUGGAGAAACAAUCUUGGACAGGAUAAAAUGAAAAAGCAAUUACAUUUUAGAGCGUCUGCGACGCAUUCUUUCCCUUAAAAUCAUUGAAAAAAGGAUAAGGCUGAACUAGCGCUAAACGCGCCAGCAAGGGAAUGUUUUCCUUCUUUUUGUCCAAUAUUUUAGUUCCACUGGUGCUGCCGACCCAUGCUGUAGUUGGUGUUAAGUGAGGUGGCAUCAAAUGUGCAGGCUACCUCUCUUCAGUUUUAAAUGAAAAGGAAAGCGAUAAUUGUUUAUCUGUGGUCAACUUUUUAUUGUUUUAUGUCCGAUGUAUUUGUCUUUAGAUCUGUUGCACAGGGAGUGUUUUUCGAAGGACAAGAAGGGAAGGACAGGUAAAGAAAAAAAUAAAAAUAAGCGAAACAAAGGCAAGACAGAAACUAAUUGACAGGUUUUUUUUGGACAUCAUCAUCAUCCCUCGGCUUAUACCCAAGUCACUCGCGGGUCGGGCUAACCGAGUCUCCCGGCACAUCCACCCUCCCCUUCCUAAACCCUGUAUAACCGGUUUAGUAUCCUAAGAAGUCUCGAGCGUGGCCCGUCAUUCAAGCAAAUGUCGCAGCUUCAUGUGUUCGGCAUUAUCUGUUCUUUUCGUAGUCAGUCUUUUUCUUGUUUUUAAAUGAUCCUAUUGUUUCUGUUGGAAUCAAUUUCAGGUCAAGAACAGCCUGCUGCAGUGAUGGUGAGGAUGAGGCGUAUUUCAGCUCUUAUGCGCAUUUUGGUAUACACGAGGAGAUGUUAAAGGUUAGAAGUUGUAGAAUAAACUUUCUGAACGAUACUAGGUUGACUGUGAAUAGGUCACUUCCGAUUUCCAAAAACCCUCAAUCUCAAAGUGAGACCAAGUGCACAACUUUUCUUGGGAAAAUAAGUUUCAUACGCAUGAGAAUGAAAAAUCGUUUUCAUAUCAAAGGCUGAGCACUUAACCUCGUUUUGAUGCAGAGGCCUGGGGAACCUCGGAAAUGGCCUGUUAUUAAAAUAGAGCCAUAUUAUAUGUGUAGAGAGCUCUAAAACGUUCAGUCUUCUUCAAAUCGAGUCCAAGUGCGACCUGUGCUUUCGCCCUUAGUUGAAUGAUAAAGCCAGGUUAAUUCUAGUGUACUGUAUUGUCGGAUAUCCGCUAUUGGGAAGGUUAUGCCACAAGAAAUUUAUGAAAGUGCAGCAAACGGGGGCGGGCGCAGAAAUGUUCUCAAAUACACUGUUGAGAUCACAAUGGAUACCGUCCGAUACGUAGGCUUAAUUGAAAAACCAGGAGUGAGGAGAUCGGAUCUUUGAAGCUAUGACUUAUGACUUUGUUAGAAUGAAAUGACGAGUUUGAAAGCAAACUUACCAGUUACUCGUGUUGAAAAUACCACAACUAGAUGAGUUAACCAAAAUAUCAGAGUGAACUAAGAAAUCAGAUGGCAGCAAAUCGUUUUGAAAAUCGUAUUUUAAGAGCAAAUUUAACAGUGACUUUUGCUAAAAAAUACUAAAACUAAAUGAGUUAAUUAAAACGUUAGAAAGUACUGAGAAAUUAAAUGGCAGCAAAUCGUUUUGAAACUCGUAUUUUAAAAUGCCUUUAGGCCUCUUCCGUUGGGGCCUGUACAAUUUAUAGGUACAGGAGGGUGCCAGGGAAAUCCCCAGUGGCUAAUUUCUUGAAAAAAAAACCUGUUACGGCUUGUACAUAAAACACAACUCGACUCCAUUUAGAGAAGCUACGUUAACAGGAUAUUGCUGUGUAAGGGCCGUUUUAUGCUAAAGGCAUUACUGAGUACCUUUACCCAUACACAAAAUGUUUCUGUAGAGUACUGAAGAAAAUAUCAAACAAAUUUCACCAGGAAGCCUUAAAACCCAUGAUAAUUUUUGAAGGCACAGCAUUUAUUGGCCGUUUUCACACUAGAGACGGAUAAUCGAUCUCCAAAAUCCGUCAAAAUUGACGGAAAAACAGAUGGAUAAGGUUAGACGAAUUGUCCAACCGUUCAAUUUUCAAAAUUAAUUAGGCGUAUUAUCUGUCUGACGCGAAUUAUCCAACGGAUAACCCGUUUCAGACGGAAAAUCCGUCAUUAAAAACGGCCAUUCAUGUCCAUCCGUAGCAACACUAGAGACGACAGGAAACUGUUUCAAUAACUAGAUAUAGUCUAAGAUAACAAACCUGGACCAUUAUGAAGUUUUUGGAAUUCAGUUGAUAAGAAGACCUAUUUAUAAUGUUCUGUAUCGGCAGGACAAGACAAGAACAGAAAGUUACAGAGAUUUCAUUCUCAACAAUCCUACAGUUUUUAAAGACAAGGUAACGGUGAUAUUGUAAUUUUACAAGUUUCUUUUGGGUACAUGGGUCAUGCAUUACAUGCAUUUUCAUUGCCUAUAUUGCUACAAUUGAGAAUUAAUUUUUCAAACAGUAUAUUUUCCCUUUGCAAGCACUUUGUGAUACAGAAGUGAUUCUUAAUGACAAUAUUGUAAGAAUUUAGAAUCAAUUUUUGAAAUAAUUGUUAGAAUUGGUGGUCGGUAGAGCGCUUGACUGCAGAGCGGGAGGUCGCGGGUUCGAUUUUCUGGGCCAGACCAAUACUCAGGGUCUUAAAUUAAAUGAGAAAUAAAGGUGCUCCCUUUGAAAUGCAAGCGGCUAGUCAAGAGGUUCGCGUGGCUCGGAUGACCACGUAAAAUAGUGUCCCCCCAAUUAUUACUUUCGUGUUAAAUACAUUGACACUCAAAUAAAUUGCAUUUUUGUUAGAUUUUUUCGCUGUCUAAUUACACAUGCACCGCUUGUACAUCCAGGUAAAAUCCCCAUUGAUGUUUCUCUUAUUCUUCUCUUAUUGGACGGUAAGGUUGUUUUAGACAUUGGAUGUGGCACAGGAAUACUCUCCAUGUUCGCUGCCAAGGCUGGGGCCAAACAUGUGAUAGGAAUCGACCAAUCAGAGAUUAUUUAUCAAGCUAUGGAUAUUGUUAGGUAAAACUUUAGAUUACUUCUUGAAUUCUAUCAGUUUUGCCUCAAUUUUAUUGAAGCUGAACCGGAAAGAGCCGUAACAAGGACGACAGCGACAUUAGAGAGCUUUAGAGUUGAGGACGUAAACGUUUGCGUGUUCUAAAAAAAGACCCCAGAAAGCUUCAUUUUACUUUUUUUUUUUUUUUUCACCAAAAAAGUUACUACAGUUAUUUAUGCUGAAGGAGGUUAAGCCCUGUCUCGAUGGCAAAAUGGUAAAUAAAAACCUAGUCUUACAUUUGAUAACUUGUUCCCGCCAACCCGUUGUAGAAUGACGACGGCUUACACGGCUAUCACGUUUUCCCGCCAAAAUGACGCUGGUUCACGAGCGUGCCCUGCUUAGUUUUGAGAAAAUCUCGUACUCGUAGUCGUACUCGUCCUCGAAUCUAAAGCUCUCUAAUUAUUGACUACAGAGAUAACAACAGCGGCGUUACCAACAACACACUUAACAGUCAGUUUUCGAGAAAUUUUACAACCUAAUUUAACAAUCCAACAGCACUUUGCUACGCUUAAAAAACACUUCUUAUUGUUUCUUUUGUACGUUAGAGAAAAUGGACUAGAAAAUAUCAUUACUUUGGUAAAAGGAAAAGCGGAAGCAGUAACAUUACCGGUUGAGAAGGUACGUAACUUUUUUGAUUUGAAGAGAAUACAAAGAGAGGCUCCGCUAUAUCUUUUCAGUCUGGAUCUGAAUGCUAAAGAACUGAGACUGAGCUUAGGAAAGAAAAAAGAAAGCCGUUUUCUUGUGUUGACGCCUUUUCGUGAAAAGUUAAAUUUGAAAAGUUUCAUGUCCCAAUUGUGCGCGCCCGAGCAUUUAGUAGGAAUAAACUCGUUUUGUAAUCGAGCGUUGAACGAGCGUGCAUGAUACAAGCCAGUGAUCUUGGGAGCUCGUCAAUUAUGUGUUCAUAUGUUCCCGUGCGAGGAUCAUUCUUCAUUUGCAUGAUUUUACUUCUGCAGUUCUUUAUUUCAUAUACAUUUAUCACAUUCAUCUCUUUCACGCGAACAUAUAAACAUAUAAUUGACCAGCUCCCAUGCAACACCAGUGGCUUCGUGGCUCGGUUGGUUAGAGCAUCGCACCGGUAUCGCGAGGUCACGGGUUCAAAGUUCAAACCCCAUUGAAUUCCUGAAUUUUUUUCGGGCUUCUUACGCAAUUUCAUAAAUUGCGUUCACAACUGCGAGGAUCAUUCUUCAUUUGAUUUAAUUCAUUUUUGUUCUGUCAUGUUUAGGUAGAUGUUAUCAUAUCAGAGUGGAUGGUAAGUUCAAACUACAGUGUAGGGUUUUAUCACUUUUCUGUCUACCUGUAACUGUACUUCUGCUGAGUGCUUUUAUUAUUUUUAAAUACAAAACAAUAAUAAUACAACUCUUGAGAGAGCCUUCCGAAAAAAAGCGUCAGAUUAAUUGCUUUUAAAACACGCCAAAUAUUCAUAAGUUGGAAGUAAAAGUGUUUUAAAUCAUUCUAGGGCUACUUUCUCCUUUUUGAGUCUAUGUUGGACACAGUGUUGCUGGCAAGGGACAAAUGGUUGAAGCCAACAGGCUGUGGUAAGAUUUACGUCGAUUUUCUCAAUGACAAGUUUCAGGGUCUGCAUGGAAGGGGAGGAAGUCCUGAUCCCGCAUUCCCGCUCUUUUUUUCCACAGGGAUGCCGCAUCCCUCAUCUCGACUGCAAAAGCUAGUAAAUUUAAGAUUUAGAUUGACCCUUUCGAUUGAUAUUUUGAAUUUACGCCUGUUUUAAGACUACUGCAAAUAGGAAAUAGCUUUUCAUCCCUUUGUCAGUCUGAUGAAAGAGCACGAUCAAUCUCGUCCCCAGAGCCUGCCUUACCGACUCUACCGCGAGUAUGUUUUUAUCGGCUAUUCAGAGAUGGUUUUUUGUCGAGUUAUUCUAAAGCGGGUGGGUGAUCCUUGGUGAGGACCAAAACGAUCACGGCCUCUGGGAACCAGAUUUUCUCUCGGGGUCAUCCUGUACGCCUGCUCACUUUAAUUCCUUGGUAGGAAGUUUACUUAGCUUACAGGAACGGCCUUGAAGAUUCAGUUAGUCUGUCCUUCAUCAGCUGAAACACCCUCUUCCACUGCGGCUUUUGAUAGGAAAAUUUCAGUAAUGACAAUAUUUAAGGGCAAAUCAUGGUCCCUUAGUGGUUUUGGCUUAAUGUAUUACAAUUAAAUGUGGAUAUUUUUGUUUAUAGUUUAUCCAGAUCGAUGUACAAUUUGCGUCGCUGCGCUGGGAAAUAGCGAAAAGGUUCAACAGAGACUCAGCUUUUGGGAUGACGUGUACGGUAGGAGCAAUUGUUUUUACAUGCUUAACGUAAUGAUAACGCAUGUGAUUUAUCUUAGCUUCUUUUUUUAUCCUUUAAUUAACUCGUUAAAGUUACUUUCAACAACAGUAUUGGGCAAAUUCGAUCUCAAAAUUGUCACUAGCUUGAGUCACAGAAAGUUUAACGAUCACUCUUUGACAACUCGACGUGGCCCGAAAUGCUAUAAGACUUUACUCUUGAACCUUGACAGAAAGUCUCAGAAAUUAAGGGUACGGUGGAUUCUUUGGUUAAUACUGUAUGUUUCUUUUCUUUUAGGCUUCAAAAUGAGCUGCAUGAAAAGAUCUGUCUGUACAGAACCGUCUGUAGAAAUCGUAAAUCCUGGAGACGAGAUUUCCUCGCGUUAUACAGUCAAGGUAAUACGGAGUUUUAAUUAAGUGACGGCGACGGCAAAAAGAACGUCUAAAAAGCAAUAGGUUUAUAUUAAGCAAAUCAAUACGUUUGCACGUGCAUCACGCUUUUUUGUACAUUUCUUAGUCGUUACUGCACGACUACGACGUGAAAAUGCCUAAUUUCUCGUUUUAUGGAGGGCGUAAACAGGCGACGACGAAAUUUUCUCUAUCUUUCUAAACUUGAGUGCGGUCCCAAGAAAUCAAUUCCAGGGAAAUUUGCCAAUAUUAGACAUUUUCAGUGAAAUGGAAUAAACGCGAAAAAGUUUGAAAAAACGCUAAUUCAUUUUAAAAGUGAUGUUUUCGCUGCCGUCGCCGUCGUUGAUGCUUAAACUCCGUAAUCAUUGCUAGAACGGCAACUAACACAAAGCCGAUCUGAAACGCUUAUUAUACACUACCAAACUCGCCCUUUCAGUGACUGAAGGUUUGUAAGUGAGAUGUCGGAAGUGUCGAUAAUUUCCGAUGAAGUCGGUUUAUUCUUUUCUUUUACCAUAAUUAUAAGGUCUUCCAGUUUUUGACUGACAAAAGGAAAAAAACAAAAUAGUAUUUAACAAUACUCAUCCCACCAAUAAGGUUGAAACAUUUCAAAGGUUGAAGGAUUUGUUCGUUUCUUGUGUCUUUUUUUAGAAUCUGGACGUCACUAGCUGUAAACAAAAUGAUUUACAAUUCAAGUCACCUUUCAGUAUUGAAGUAAACAAAGACAGUCAAUGUUCGGUAAGUGAGUCUCAAGUAAACAACGUCACUGGAAAACAUUAAAGAGAACUUCUGAGAAUUUCUUUUAGUCUAGCUGAUAUUUUGUCCUUGUGAUGCAAUGUACUAUAAAAUGAACAACUGAAAUAUUGGCACUAUGUGGUAGACUUUAGAAACUGCACCUCUUUCGAUUUGUGUUGUUUGCUUGAUUGUUUGCUCGCGUAUAGUUCUACAGUGUAAGUGUUCUAAAUACUAAAUGAUGACGAAACGGAUUUUUGUUUUGUAAACGCUUACUUUUCUCUUUCUUUUAUAUUAUACCAUUAAGAUGUUUUGUUCACAAAUGAGUGGAAAAAAUGCCAAGACCACGACUGACCAACUUCUUUUUUUCCUGCCUUAGGCUUUUGUGACCUACUUUGAUAUAUUUUUUGAGAAGAACUGCGAUGAGAAGGUAAGGUAAAAUUCAGUGAUAUUAAUUUUAUAUGGAGUCUAUACCUACACAACAGUCCUACUGUAGCUCCGUAAAAAGACGACUGGAGGUGUAGCGAAAAGGUCAUAGAUUCUAUGACUAAAGAGUCUCCUUUCUUAUAAUAUUCACCUGGCCUUCAAUUUUCCAUCACAUUUAUAUCACUGCGCAUGUGCACUUAUCGACAUUCAGAUUCAAUCCGAUUUCCCGCUAAUUUCGCCGAAGGCCUUUGUCAGCACCACUAUGUCUUUGUUUUAAUAAGGAGCUUUAGCAACGACGACGGCGACGGCAACGAGAACGUCAAAAGGCAAUAGGUUUAGAUUAGUAAAACCGACAUUAACUUUGCACGUACAUGCAUUUUUGUAAAUUUCUUUUACCGUCACUGCACGAGUAGGACGUGAAAAUGUUUAAUAGCACGUUUUAUGUAGGACGUAAACAAGCGACGACGAAUUUUUCCUUCUCUUGCUAAACUUGAGGGCGGUCCCCGAGAACACAACUCCAGGAAAAUUCGCGUACGUUUGAUAAUUAUUUUCAGCGAAUUGGAAUAAACGCGAUAAUGUCUGAAAAAGCGCAAAUUCAUUUUAAAAGUGACGUCCUCGCUGCUGUCGCUGUCGUCGAUGCUGAAGCUCGCUAUUAAUGCAGCUUGGAUACCACUUAGCAAUGACUCGCUGGAUGGAUUCCGAUCACAAAGUUUUGAGUACGAUCGAGCGAAACAUUCCUAGAUUAAUUAUUCUGUUGCAAAUUAACCAAAAUGAUCGGACUAGAAGACUUAAAAGACGUUUGAAUUAACCUACGAAGGUUUCGCUGGAGCGCACUCAAAACUUUGUGGUCUGAAUGAACGGUUGCCAUUACUAUAAGUCGUGUGCAAGCAUCGUACCAAGUUCUGGAAAGGGCUAAUUGGCGCGAAAAUUGCUACAAGCUUAUGUCUCUGGCUCAGACCGGUGGCCGAUCGCGUUUUAGUUCAUUUGGAAACCAGACUUUUUGAAAACAAAUGUGUGUUUACAUUAAUUAGGUGAAUUUUAGUACCAGUCCGUCUCACCCGCCUACACAUUGGAAACAAACUGUGUUUUAUCUUGAACACCCAAUCAACGUCAUUCAAGGUAAGUAUAAGUGUAUUUUUGUAUUUUAUUAGUACCAACAACUUAACAGUUUCUAAACGGUUAAUGACUACUUGGCCUGCAUCGCAGACGUAAUUGAACCACGGUUAGUGACGUUUGCGAAGCAGCGCCGAUAUCUUUGUUCUGGGGCCCCCAAUGGAUUCAACGAAUUACCGGUUACGUUUCAAAUUCCUCUUCAUCUUGAUUGGACCCAAUGAAGUACCGGAAAUGCGUUUCAAAUUACUCUUCAUCUUGAUUGGACCCAAUUAAGUACCGGAAAUGCGUUUCAAAUUUCCCUUCAGCCUUAUUGGCAAAUUAGCUAUCAGGCCAAUCAUGGCCCCUACUCAAAUCCUGAUACACAGGUGGGGGCCCAAACCAAGGAUUUCAGCGCUGUUUCGCAGACGGACUUAACCAGAAGUUAACUUCCGUCUGUGAUGCAGGCUGGCGACUACUCUGCUAUAAAAUCUCUCUCACUCGGACUUCAUUUUGUCUAUAUCACGUACAUUCUAUUUGUUUUAAUUAAGUUAUAUUUUUUUUUACUCUAUUUUGUUGUCACUUUAUUUCGUGGGCACAAAAUACAAGGAAACAUUUAAAUUUCGCGGGAUUUUUCCUAAUCGGGCAAACAAUUUGCCUUAGAAUAAGGCUACAGGUUAAAUUUACGUUUGCGCAAUUUGGAACAGAAUACUCCACCCUAAAUCGUGUCGGCAUUUUGCUGACAUGCGAAGAAAUGUAGUCUUAGGCCUAGGCCAAACGUCGAAGUUUCCAUGAGACGAAUCACACGUAGUGACUUAAGUUCAUGAAAAAAUCGACAUCUGCCUCAAUUUAAUUUAAUAAGUUCGUCUGAAUGAGUUUGGAUCGUCCAACACGUUCUAUCCGUCUGCUUCAGAUGGAUAGAACGUCUGAAGAUCGUCUCCGGAACAAACGUCGAUCUUCACGCGCAACGAAAUAAACUAAGAAAUUAAAAUUUUUUUGAUGUUUAUUUAGCUUCGCUCGGGAGAAAAUUUAUAUAUGGCCAGCUAAGAUUGCUUUUUGGUCUGAUUCAGUUGGUUGGUUCGACGCGUCCUAAUGUCGACAUUUAACCCAACAGACGAUCUCAACUUAAUUUAGAUCGACCCAAAUUAGAGCUUGGUUCGUCUCAUGAAAGUUCCACGUUUAACCCAGGCCUUAGACUAUUUUCACACGAUACCGAAUAGAUUUUCGGGCCGACACGAAACGCUAUCCUGUAUAGUAUGAACACCUAUUCGAUAUGUGACUCUCAGCUUCGCUCCGUUACGGAAAUCGCGCCGAAAUCACCGUUCUUAUGUGUGAACAGAGGCCCGUUUCCGGUAUGGUUUUCGUGCCGGCGCAAAAUCUGUGCGGUGGACUGUGAACAUAGCCGACUUGUACUACAAAGGUCAAAAGAGUGAAUGACCAUGUGUCGCGCGAUAAUCGAAUACAUAGUGCUCUUCAAAUGCCUCCUUGGACGACAGACAAGCAGAGUUUUAAUUUCCCCGCACCCUUUAAUUUUCGAGAGUGCUGUUUUCGCGGGUCUUUUAUUUGGCCAAAUUUUCGAGGGCGCGGGAAUCGUUGUAUUAGAGUCCCACGAAAUUUAUAUUAGUAACAAUAAGGUAAAACUUUACGUAUUUAUCAGCUGAAUAUGUCAAUAAAUAAGUAUGUAGCAAUUGUACUACAAAAUACGUCGAUAAGUAAUAGAAACUUCUGCUUAUUUCAUUGUGUUGUGAAAAUUUUAUUUUUAGUGAGGUAAGCUGUUGUUAAAGUUUUAAUAUUUUGUUCAACUUUAUUAACGGUCAUAACACUUCGACGGAAACAACCAAAAACGUUUUCCUUAAAUAAAAAUAUCAAUCUAUAAACUGCAAUAUAUAUUUGUACAUAAAUUCUAUCCUUUUCUAACGAAUCUAUUUAGUGCCGAUGUCAUGCCGAACAUUUUUGACAUUGCUUGUUCGCCACUUCUGUGAGCUGCAUCUAUAAGGCCCUCCAAAAGCACAGUGUUACUAAUACGUUUUUGUGCUUGUGUAGACGACAAAUGUCCGUGGAAUAUUUGAAAAUCUAGCGUGUCGCGUUUUGAAAGAAGAAAAUUUUCAGGUGCCAAACUUGUUUGCGUGUAAUACUUGGCAAGUAUUUUUUUGUAACGGGCGCGGAGAACAGGAAAUUGUAAAAUGGAAGCAAAACAAAAGUUACUAAUAUGGUUCAAGUUAGGUUCUUUUGCCACUUUUCAUUUUCCCGUUUCCCUUUCUCGUCCCCCGAUCUCACUUCCCGUUUUAGCACCAUCUAUUUCCCAAAGAUGAUAGCCUGUGACCAGGCUCCGCAAUAGGGAAAGGGCGAAAAGCGGGCAACGGGAAAAAUUAUGUAUUCCGCAGUUGAUCCGCCUACAUGUGCCUAAAAGCAUCCCAUGCAUUCGCAACUUUUGAAACGAGAAGGGAACUGGAGGCGAAUUGCAUCCCGCAAUUGUUUCUGGGAUCGUUACUGGUGACGCGCCGGUCAGGUGUUAGGGAGUUUAAGAUACAACGACGACGACGGCCACGAAAGCGUCGCUUAAACAGUGAAUUUGUGUUGUUUCAAUCUCUAUCGCGAUUACUCCGACUCAUUUACAUUGUCAAAUGCAAGCGAACUCUUUUUAUUCGAGUUCAGAAAGAGAAAGAAAAUUUACCCGUCGCUUGUUUACUUCCUCCAUAAAACGUGAAAUUAGCCAUUUUCCCGUCGUAGUCGUGCAUUGACGGCAAAGAAAUGUACAAAAAAGUGUGCAAUGCACGUGCAGAGGUGUUGUUUUGUCUAUUCAACCUAUUGCUUUUUUGACGUUUCCGCUGUCGUCGCCGUCGUGGCAUCUUUAAGUCCCUAUUGGCAUUUUUUUCCUUAUCCCCAAUAACAGUUACAGAACUCUUUUCGAAAGUUAACUUGUUCCCAUAAAUGCCCUAGAGGAACUCAGUGAUCAAUCAUGCUUUUGUUCUUUCUGAAAUUCUUUGGUAGCCGGGUUAAAUAUGAACAUGUCCUCAUAUAUCUUACGCAGGGCAAAUCCUCGAGGGAUUUCUGGCAUGUACCAAGAAUAGUAAGGAUCCACGUUCUCUGGACAUUUCGAUAGAGGUCACUGACGCAUCAUCACAGAAAAAACUCUGUCAACAGUCCUAUCUUCUGCAGUAAUAAAGUUUAACCAAAAAUCCUUUGUAUGAAUCUUUCCCUUUGUUUACC